GGUUAAUAUCCCUAUGCUCGCUAACUCGUGGCAAUAUCUGCCUCGAGAAUACCUCGUAUACAGACUCCGAUCUAGUAGCCCGCUUAAAUUCACCAUCUCCGCGUGCGCGGACAGGCUGUAGAGUCAGCGCUCAUUUGGCGCUCCGGUUUGCGCUUCCCACAAGACCUCGCCGUCACUCACCAUCAUGACAGACGCCUCAUCCGUCGUGGGUCGCGACGAUGGCCACGCCACGCAGUAUCCGCUAGCGCCCAGUACGACCGUUUCGGUCGACCAGAAUGCGUCGCUAUUAUCGUGGGGCAGCGGGAGUGCGCCAUCUCUGCCAUCGGUAGACGGCGAAUCGCAGACGGAAACAACAUCGAUUUCGGGAAGCAUGCGAUCCUCUACCAUGUCGUUAGAUUCGAGUCUCUGCCAUUUCGUCGAAGAGAAUGGCCGCACUUACCAUCGCUACAAAGAAGGCAGAUAUUUCCUACCAAACGAUGCUGCAGAGCAAGAAAGAUUAGACCUACAACACCAAUUGUUUACGAUAGCUAUCGGGGGCAAGCUAUACAUCGCGCCGGUCCCGGAAAACCCCAAACGAGUAUUAGAUAUCGCGACAGGGACAGGCAUAUGGGCUAUAGACUUUGCUGUCCAGCACCCUAGAUCCCAAGUCAUCGGGACCGACCUCAGCCCUAUCCAACCCCAGUUCUUGCCGGAGAACUGCAAGUUCGAGAUCGACGACGCGGAAGACGAGUGGACGUUUAGCGAGCCGUUCGACUUCAUACACGGGCGGGCGCUGAUGAGCUGCUUCAACGACCCGGCGGCGGUGGUGCGCCAGGCGUUCGCGCACCUGGCGCCGGGCGGGCUGAUGGAGUUCCAGGACGCGCUGUUCCCGAUGAGCUACAUCGGCGAGGCGCCGACUGCGUCGGCGCUGUACCGGUGGAACCAGCUGAUGAUGGAGGGCGUCGGGCGGCUCGGCCGCUCCUGGAGCAACGUGCAGCACUACCGCCGCUACUUCGAGGAGGCCGGCUUCGUCGACAUCGUCGAGAAGCGCUUCUACUGGCCCACGAGCCCCUGGGCCAAGGGCCUGUACUACAAGACCGUCGCCGCCUACUUCCAGGAGGACAUGCUCGCCGGCCUCGAGGCCAUGAGCCUCAAAGUCCUCGGCGGCCUCGGCAUGUCCCCCCGCCAGAUCCGCGAGUUCGUCGAGGACGUGAAGCGCGACUUCUUGGACACGAACCUCCACGCGUACUUGACAGUGACGUAUAUAUACGGAUAUAAGCCCCAAUAUCCGCUUUGAAAGGGGGGUUAUCCCGAGGGUUUACCUUUGACGCGGCAUUGCUCGCGUGGCCCUUCUUCGGCUACCUAUUUCGUAGGCUCCG